AGGAUCAUUUAUCAAACAAAUAAUCUAUGGUCCUAGUUUAUUCUACAUAACCUAUAAUCGUCGAGCCAGAUAAGUCUUGUUCGAUGUCAUCCUAUAUUUUGUUUUCAUUGUGAAUUGAUUUAUGCAGUAGACAGUCGAUAUGGCUGAAUUGUUAUUGGAUCCAAAUAUUCGAGGAUGGGUGUUCCUUCCCAUAGUAGUAAUCACGUUUCUCGUCGGUAUAAUCCGCCACUAUGUUUCAAUACUGCUCGCCUCCCAAAAGAAAGUUGAACUUCAUCAAGUCCAAGACAGCCAAGUCAUGAUACGCUCCAGACUGCUUAGGGAGAAUGGACAGUACAUACCAAAAGUAGCUUUUAUGACUAGGAGACACUUUUUCAAUAACGAAGAGACUGGGUAUUUUAAGACUCAAAAACGCGCUCCUGUCUCGCAAAAUCCCAUGACUGAUCCAAAUAUGAUGACUGACAUGUUGAAGGGAAAUGUAACCAAUGUUUUGCCUAUGGUGCUGAUUGGUGGCUGGAUAAAUUGGAUGUUCUCUGGAUUUGUAACAACUAAAGUACCAUUUCCAUUGACAUUGCGUUUUAAGCCAAUGUUGCAACGGGGUAUAGAAUUAGUUACACUGGACGCUGCGUGGGUUUCUUCAGCUUCGUGGUAUUUUCUCAAUGUAUUUGGGCUAAGAUCUAUUUAUACGCUUGUGCUUGGUGAGAAUAAUGCUGCAGACACCACAAGACUUGUACAAGAUCAAGUAUCAGGCGCAGCAAUGUCCAUGCCACCUGAUCCAAAAGCAGCUUUCAAGUCAGAAUGGGAAGCAUUGGAAAUCUGUGAACAUAAUUGGGCAUUACAGGGAGCAGAUGCAGAUCUUAUAGGUAUUCAGUCAAAAGCAGAUGCUGACAGUAUAUAUCAUUAAGACAAAGUAAAUUGAUGUUUAGCUAUAAAAUUACUUAUAUAAAUUCAUAAAAAAAUUUAUUUAUAUGUUAAGUAGGGACAUGUAACAUCCAUUUGUCUGAGGUACAAUAAUGUGGUUUUUAUUAAAUAAAACAAUAAAAUAUAA